GCCUCACCUUGUGCUCGGAACCAGGAAGCUCACUUCGCGGCACCCAUUCGGAACAGGCUUGUCUGAAACGCCUGUGCUCAGUUUUUGGCUUUCAAUUAAGUACCUCCACACUGUGGGUUUCUUUGCGUAUGUGAACUUUGCGCAUCAGCUUUUACGCACAGGAAACUAGACUGGACUGUGUAUAUACAGUCCGCUGUUGGCAACCUGCUGGAGUUAGCGAAAAUGACGGAAAUGAAAAAGUACGGUCAAGUGUGCGGAUGACGCCUGCGGAUGUCCGUUGUUGUCUGUCCAGUGCCAAGCACCAGAACACCAUGCUGAAAACUCCAGAGCCGAGCCAGGAGGUGGAGCGGUGGCUUUUUACCCUCCGCCUUUCCCAGUACGCACCAUGUUUCCAGCAAGGCGGCUACCAAUCCCUGGAAGACUGCAAGGACCUCACAGAUGAGCGUCUCAUAGAGCUCAAGGUGCUCCCGACAGGACAUCGCAGGCGUAUACUUCGCGGUUUAGAGGCGCUCGGUGUUGGGAAGCCGCCGCUGUACCCUAGAAGCAUCUUCCUAAAAGACAAAAAAAGAGGCGGUUCCUGCCAGCACUACCGUCCCAAAGAACAUGAGGACUUGGAGGGGAGUCAGACGUUGCCUCCAAGAGCUGGCCUGGGAGCGGAGAUGCCUCAGAGUUUGCCUCAACCAACCCGACGUAACCCUGACAACAUCCUAACAUCCAUGCUGGAACAUCAGUGCAUCCGUGCCUCCACUUCCUCCUCCUCCAUUAGCAGCACAGAGUCGUUCCCAAUGUCUGAACUACCACCAGACUUGGAGAUCUCUCCAGAAGACGUCCUUCCAACAACUCUGAGUGAGGGGUCCUCUCAGUGCCACAUGGUGAACAACGCAAUCUAUGAUUCGCAGCCAUCUUCAGAGCUUUCCAAAGGUCCCAGACUGACUCGCUCUUACCGGCUGAGGCACCGACCUGUACCGCAAAUCCCGCAACAAGACGGGCACGUAGCAGCAGCACAAACAAGCGGGCCUGAACACCCAGCCGACUGCGGGGGGGGUCCCUGCGGUGCAAACGGCAUACAGAAAGCUCCGCUUCAGAGAACCGUGACGCCCAUCGCUCCCUACGGAGAGACGUUCCUCUACAUCAACGAUCAAAACAUUCUGGAGCAAGUGUUACAGAAGGACCAAGAGAAGCAAAAGAAACACAGGUCCAAGGACAAAGACUCCCCUCCUGUCCAGGCUGUUUCGGACCCUUACAAAGACGAAUACUCCACUGUGGAAGAAUGUUCCAGCCUUUUGCAGAGUUUGGACCACAGUGCUGCAGACUACCUCUCUGUUGGUGUGGAGUCUGCGGCCUCUGCUCCCGUCUGUCAUGGCACUUCUGCGGUCAUGGUGGACUGCAACCUCUUCUCCCAAUCUGUAGAGGCUGUGGACAUGGAGCCACUUCCUGAUAUUUCACCCUAUGCGUGCUUUUAUGGCGCUCCGAAGCCUCCGGUGCUUAAAGUGGGCUGGCUGGACAAGCUUUCACCGCAAGGGAAGUGCGUCUUUCAAAGGCGCUGGGUGAGGUUCGACGGCGAGAGCCUGGCCUACUACAACAGUGACAAGGAAAUGUACUCCAAAGGGAUGAUUCUGGCCACUGCCAUCAGACAGGUGCGAGGUUUAGGUGACAACAAGUUUGAGGUCAUCACCUCGCUUCGGACCUUCAUAUUCCGAGCUGAGAGAGAAGGGGAGCGCCACGAGUGGAUGGAAACUCUUCAGACGGCAGCACAUCACCACCACCAUCCCCCCCCCACUGCCGCUGCCGGCUCCCAGAAGUGGCGCCACAGCCUGCGCCGCUGCCGCUCCUCCACAAACAAGCGCGGUAUGCUGGAGGUGCGCGCCUACAAAGGCAGAGUUCUGGUGUCCCUGGUGGGGAGCAAAGUCAGGCUGUGCAAAACAGAACAGGACUACGAAGCAGGCCUGGCUAUUUGUGAAGUGGAGCUGACGGCCGCCAAUAUUCGAGAUGUGGACCGCCGGGCCUUUGAAAUCAACACACCCUUCAAAAACUUCUGCUUUGUGGCCGAGUCAGAACUGGAAAAGUUGGAGUGGAAGGAAGCUAUUCAGGAGUCCAUUGCAGAGACGCUGUCCGACUACGAGGUGGCGGAGAAGAUCUGGUUUAACGAGGCCAACAAGAGCUGUGCCGACUGUCGUGCUCUGCAGCCAGAGUGGGCAUCUGUCAACCUAGGCGUGGUCAUCUGUAAGAAGUGUGCAGGGCAGCACCGCUCACUCGGCCCCAGUGUCUCUAAGGUGCGCAGCUUGAAGCUGGACAGCAGCAUCUGGAGCAAUGAGCUUGUGGAGCUCUUCUUGGAAGUGGGGAACCAGAAGGCCAACAGCUUCUGGGCGGCUAACCUGCCGCUGGAGGAAGAGCUCCACAGCCGGGCUUCAGCCGAGCAGCGUGCCACCUUUGCCCGCCGGAAGUACCGGGAGAGGAAGUACCGCCGGGUCCUGGAUGGUCUUCAUGACUCGGAGCAGCUCAACAAGGCGCUGUGUGCCGCCGUGCUGCUGCCUGAUGUGCUGCACACCAUGGAGCUGGUGUUCAGUGGGGCAGAUGUUAUGUGCGCCACUGGGCACCCGACUUGCUCCACGCCGUACCUCCUGGCCCAGCAUGCAGGCCAGAGGCUGCAGAUGGAGUUCCUGCAUCAGAACAAGCUGUCGGCACCUUGGGAUGUUGUUGGAGCAUGUUCAUUUUCAUAUCCACAUCCCAGCUGCAACCAGAGAGGCAAAGAUUUCCCUAGACUUGAUCCAUGGUCUGAAAACAACUGUCUGUCAGAGGUGUCUCUCUUCAUGGAUGGCUUCCUCUACAUCUCCCCGGGCCACAGCAAAGGGACACCGCCGGACCGCAGAAAAGGAGAAGACAUGGCGCGUCGCUGGUGCACACUGGAGGGCGGCUUUUUGAGUUACUAUGAGAGCGUGCACAGUGCGUCGGCGGUCGGCAGGGUGGCCGUCGCUGACGUGGUCAGCCUGGCCAUCAGCAACACGGAGACGAUGACUGCAACAGGGGCCGUGUUUACCGCAGAGCUGUACCUACAGUCGGUGCGGGUGCUUGUCAUCGGCGCCGAGACGCAGGAGACGCGGCGUGACUGGAUCCAGGCGCUGACCAAGUGCUUGGUGCCGUUCACUGCAGAGGGUUUGGUGCUGAAGGACAGCGAGCUGAUAGGACGCCUCUUCUACAAGGAGGGCCACGACCUCUACCACUGGAGGACGGGCUGGUUCGUUCUGGCUGGCUCCAUCCUGCACUUCGGCUCCGGGGACGACGAAGGAGAAGAGGAAGUUCUUCAUCUUAAACGGCUGCAGGAGCUCACUGUCACCACCCACAAGGAGGGCGAGGAGAAGAUCCAAGUCCUGUUGAUGGUGGAGAGCGGAAGAACCAUUUACAUCCAUGGCUUCAACAGCAUUGACUUCAAACUGUGGCACUCGGCCAUCACGCAGGCCGCCGGCACCGACGGCAAGGCGCUCGGCGACCAGCAGCUCACGAAGCAUGGCGUUCCCAUUAUAGUGGAGAGCUGCAUUGCGUUUGUCACUCAGUAUGGUUUAUGCCAAGAAGGUGUCUACCAGCGGCCAGGCGACUCUGGCAGAGAGACUCAACUCUUGGAGAACUUCACGCGUGACGCUCGUAAUGUCAAACUGAGGGAGAAGGAGCACCACCUGGAGGAUGUGACGGGUGCUCUGAAGCGGUUCCUGUUGCAGGCGGAGGACGCCCUGCUGACCAAGGAGCUCUAUCCUUACUGGGUGUCUGCUUUGGACGAAGAGGACGAGAGCCUGAGAGUGAAAAAGUACUCCACUUUUAUUGAGAGUUUGCCCAAAACCAACAGGGCCACAAUGGAUGCUCUACUCCAGCACCUCUACAGGAUUCAGCAGUGUUCAAACCUCAACCACAUGCCCAGCGAAAAACUGGCCUCUGUCUUCUCCUCCUGCUUCUUCCAGACUCAGGGACAAAUGCCACAGGAAAUCCACGUGGUCCGAGACCUCAUCGACAACUACAUUACACUCUUUAGUGUCAAUGAAGACCAGGUGCAACAGAUGGAGCGGGAGAAUAGCUUCAUCACCCGCUGGAACGACAAAAAGGACACCACAUUCUCGCCAGCUGGGGACUUGAUCUUUGAGGUGUACCUGGAGAAGCGAGAGCCAGAGAACUGCUGUUUAAUCAAGGUGUCGCCCAGCAUGCGAUCUGCAGACCUGGCAGAGGCGACGCUGAGCAUGAGGAACCUCACUUUGAAUGCCACUGACUUGUGGACAACGUUUGAAGUCAUCGAGAAUGGAGAGUUAGAGCGUCCGUUCCACCACAGCGAGAAGAUUCUGGAGCAGGUGUUGGAGUGGAGCACAUUGGACUGCCCCAGUUCUGCUUUUCUUGUUUUAAAGAAGUUUCCAGGGGCCACAAGAGGCACUGAAGACAAAGUGGACCAAAAGCAGCUGGUAAGAGGCGACUAUCUCAAGUUCAACGAUGGCUGCACCAAAUUGCUGUCAGGGCACAAAUUCCAGGACAAAUAUGUGGCGCUCCGCGCCGAAAAGCUGCUGCUCUACAGAGAUAUCAAAAGCACAAAAGCAGAGAAGGAGGUCCACCUUAAGGCUGCCAAGUGCUACCUGGGCCUGAGGAAGAAGAUGAAGCCUCCAAGCAGCUGGGGCUUCACCGUCUACACAGAGAAACAGCAGUGGCAUUUCUGCUGCGAGGAGAAGGAGGCGCAGGUGGGAUGGGUGACGGACAUCAUCAGGAUGAAGUUCGGCUCUGACGCCUGCUCCGGCCCAGGGGGCACCGCAGUUCACACGGCCUCCGGAGGGGGAGCUGUGACUGAAGGCAGAGCGCGCCUACAGCAAAAUUCAAGCCGACAGAUGACCGACAGGAGGAUUUCUCUUGCCCUCAAGACCAACACUGAUGGUGGGGGCGUGACCCCUCUGGGCCAACAUAGGAGGUCCAUCAUGGAACUUUGCCAGCCGUCGUCACAGCCGCAGGCCUCGCUCGCUUCCCGACAAAGUAGCGUGAGCGGCGCUGGCAAGAGGCCCGGCCCCGGCGGCGAGGGUAAGAUGCCUCAGAAUCUGCUGAGUGAGCUUAAUUCAGUGCUGAACAAGACGGGCCGCGGUGCCAACAUUGCUGACUGACAGGAGAGGAAGAAAAGUGCAUGCGGCGGUCAGCAGACGGAAAAGUGGAGCCUGACAACAAACGUUGAUGCAAUUCGUACGCAGCAGCAACACAUCUCAUGUGUAAAUAUUUAUUUGUCCAUUCCUUGCAUUUGACAAUCAGUAUUUCAUUGCUGUAUGACUUAAACAGCAGAAUAAACUCCCCCAGAAUGAAUGGAUGAAGCCUGUCUUCAAUAAUGUACACUGCAGGCUUAAAAUGCACACGUUGGCAAUUGUCCCAUAUUACGCCAACUUCAUGAAAUAUGUAUUUGAACAUUUUAUUUUCAUGAUGCUUGCUCUACAAACCAAAGAAUCGCCACAUUUGGUGCAUUUGCAAGGUUUUCCUUCAUCUUGACAGCCUCUUUAAUGCAAUUAGAAGAUCUUUGUGACAAUAUGAUUAUUUAUUACGUGCUUGUUUUUACAGAUAUUGUUGUUUGGGAGUCAGAGGUGAGCAUCAGUGACAAAAUCUUUGAAAAUGAAAGACUCAAGCUCAAACAUGAGGCGCUUUUUUAAUUAAAACCUUUUUAAAAACAAAACAUGUCUUUGUGAAUAAUAAUAUCAUGUGACAGUAGGGGUACAUUUUUUUGGGCAAAUUUGCACCCUUUUGUGUGCAGCAUUUUAGGAGUGGAGGAGUUAGCUUACACAAACAAAUAUUUGACAUGCAGACCGACUGUCCUAAUUGUUUCACUAGGGAUUGUGUAAAUAUCCAGAUGUUCACGUUAGCGUACCUUGUGGUUCUGUUCAUUUGUAGUUUUCUUUGU